UAGGUAAGCAGCGACUACAGCCAAUAAACUUCCACUUUGCUAACGGUCGGACCAGUGAGCUAAUGCUGUGCUGGUAGCUUGGGAGGAGGAGCUGGCGCUUAGUUUUGAAAUGCUGUUCUAGGCUUAUAUUUCCCACAGCAAAUGAUUGCAAUAGAUGUGUUUUGAUUGUUUAUUAGUUUAAGUGGCACAGGAUUUUAAUUAGACGAAAAGAUAAGAGCAGACAUGUCUACAGAGGAUAAUGAAUGGGAACUAAGUAAAGAAAAUGUGCAGCCAUUGAGACGGGGUCGAGCUGUCUCUACCCUGCAGGAGGUGCUUGCCACUCAGGAGGGCCCCAGUCAUACAGCAGUUCAGCAGCAGAAGUUGGCAUUUGAAUCUGAAAUUCGCUUUUAUAAAGGAGCUGAUCCUUUGGAUGUUUGGGACAGGUAUAUUAAGUGGACUGAAGAGGCCUACCCACAGGGUGGAAAAGAAAGCAAUCUGACUGCAUUGUUAGAAAGAGUAGUACAACGCUUUGGAGAAGAGACCAAGUACUACAAUGAUCCUCGUCUUCUUGAUAUCUGGCUAAAAUUUGCUAAUAUUUGUACAGAACCACUGGAUGUGUAUCGUUACUUGCAUGGACAAGGAAUCGGUGUGAAUGUGGCCUCACUGUACAUUGCCUGGGCAGAAGCAUAUGAAGCAGCUGGCAACUAUAAACAAGGUGAUGCUGUCUUCCAGGAAGGCAUCAAGCAGAAGGCAGAGCCAUUGGAUAAACUUGAAGCCCAACACAGGCAGUUCCAAACCCGUGUGUCUCGGCAGGCCUUUCUAGGAAUCAUGGAAGGAGCAGAUGAUGAUGAUUUGUCCUCUGUAGCAGCUGAGCCUCAGAGAGCAACUCUGAAGGAGCUGAAAUUCAAGGGCAAGAAGAUUGCCCUCGCUCCUGUAAAUCGUGUUGGAGAUACAGUGAAAGCCCGGAGCCGGGGUUUGACCCUUAAUUUGCCACCUCCUCGGCAAUUACAACAGUCUGGAAAUUUCUCUGUAUUUGAUGAAAACUCAGCUAGUGACUGCAAUUCUGCCAUAAAUGAGAUUGCAUCACAAACGUGGGGAGGCCUUCCUUGUGUCAAACAGAAGGAAAAUGAAUUGAAGGCUGGACCAUGGAAUAUGCCAGUGCAUUCUCGAAAUCGUUCUGCUAAUGUGGAGUCUUCCUGCAGCAAGCCCAAUUUUAUCCCAUAUGUGGAGGAAUCUGCUCAGUAUCAAGCUGUUACUCCAUGUAAAAUUGAUCCUUCUGUGAACAACAUUUUGCAUACUCGCAAACCUGGUAAAGAGGCCGAUCCCCUUGAAAGAGUGCAGCUUUGUCAACAAGUGCAGGAGAAGACUGAGAGAACGAUGUACAUUAAAGAGAUGUUGUAUGCUGGUGUAGAAGAGUUCUGCUUUGAGGAGAUUCGGGCUGAAAUUUAUCGAGAGAAACAGAAGAAACGGAACAAAGAGGAAAUUGCUGCUAUAAUGCAAAAGAAUGCUGAGAUGGAACGUCAGAUACAAGAGAUGAAAAAGAAGCUUGAACUGGCCGAGAAGAAUCCAGAGACAGAGCAGGCAUCUGUGCCUUGUGUAUCCCAGGAAACAUAUCUACCUCAGGUUUCUCUUUCACCAGCUAGUGUGAGUUCCAGAGCUAUAGAAACUGGAGAAAAGAUAGCAUUGUCCAUUGACACGCCACUCUCUUUGAAGAAGCCUGCCGCUGAUUACCAGUCAGUAUCAUGCAGCACUUUAUCAAGGGAACCUGGUGAAAUUGGAAAGGAAAACUUAAUGAGUGUGCAGUCCUGUACAGCUACUGAUUUUCAGCUGCAUGCAGAUGCUCCUCCACCUACCACAACUCCACCACUGCUGUCUUCUUUUACCAUAUUUGAUGAGAGUACAUUUUUGAAAAGUCAAGAGACAAAGCCUGUUGGGAACCAGCUUCCAGAAUCUGCAAGGCGUCCACUAACAGUGAUUCCUAAACCAUUGUCCUUCAUCCUUCAAGAUGUGAAGAGUGUAGAACAAAGUGAUGAAGUUAAUGGCAUGGAAUCCCUACAGGAGGAUGUGAUUGUCAGUGGCUCUUGCAAUAAAACUCUCUGCACAAACCUGGAGGAUACUAGUGACUUUGCAAGAGCUGCCCAGCUUGCAUCUACUCCGUUCCGAAGUGAGAUGAAUUCAGACUUUAAAUUGCCCAAUAAAAAGGAAGAUGGUCAGUCUGAGAAUUCAACCAUGUCAGAACAGAAGGAUUCUUACUUCUCUCAGGCACUCCACAUUAACAAGCUCAGUCCUAUCUUGGAAGCAAGCGAAGAAGAUGUCCGCUCACUUUCAUCAGGAUCUUCUGUUAUUGACAUUAAGGAGUUGCAUAUUCAUGGGCACCUGGAUUUGGGGCACAGUGCAGUUGCCCUUUCGGCUACAUCGACACAUUGUGUAGAAGAUAACCCAUGGAGUGCUGAGGUACGCAGAAAAAUCAUGAGCUCCCUUACUGAGCCAUUGAAUUCCUUGCUGGAUGUUCAUAUGAAUUGUGGGGUGCUGCCAGAACUUGUGAAAGGACAUGAAGUCACCUUGGGAUCUGGGAAAUACCUCGUUGUGAAUGAAGCAAUGAAGACAGAAAACUGCAUUUUGUUCUUUGCAACUUCAGUUCAUUCUGUUCCCAAAGAAGUUGUCAUAAAGGUUAAUUUUCAGCCUAUCCCAUGGGAUCUAUAUAUCAUUCAGCAGUUGAGGACUCGCCUGAGUUCCGAAACAGAAUUUGGAAAAGAUUACACAAUGUACAUGUAUGAGAAUGGCUGUAUAGCCUUGCUUCAUGACAUUCAUCAUCUCACUUUAAAAGACAUUAUAUCAUCCUCUGACAUCACUCCAGAAUGGACACAAGUUUUGUCAAUGAAACUUAUUUCCCUUGUUGCAGAAUUACAUAAAGCAGAGAUUGUGCAUGGAGACCUAAGACCAGAGAUGCUGUUGCUGGGGCACAGGAAUCUGAAAUUAGUUGACUUCUCCUAUAGUCUGGACCUAAAACAGCAGAAUGAUGUUACAUUACUAGAUGGGUUCCCAACAGUCACACGUCUAGAAGAACAAGAAUUUUUGAAAGAGUGCACUAGUCCUUAUCAGGUUGACCUGCUGAGCAUUGUAGACAUUGUUCACACCUUAAUGUUUGAAGAAAGCCUACAAAUUCACAAAGAGGAUUCAGUUUGGAAAUUAAGUAAUCAAAUACCAAAGAAUUUUGAUGAAGAUCUGUGGGGCUGUUUCUUUGAAAGCCUUCUGAAUCCUGGUAUAGAGUCAACAGUCUCUCUGCUGGAUGAUCUCGUCCAGAAAAUGAGCAUUUUGGAUUAUGUUGAUGUAGAGUGUACUCUCUUUGAACAGUUCAUGUCUCUAAGCUGCUAACUUGGAAUAGUAGGUACUUUAGUAAAAAAAGACUGAAGAGGUGUAAAAUCAUCUAUCUGCAACUGGCUUGCAAGACUGCUUGUGUCAAACACACUGUACCAAACACCAGGUAUAGCAACAACUAAAUUCAUUUGAUAGUCCGUAACUGCAGUUUUACAGCAGACUACUACCCAAGGAAGUUUUGCUGGCCAUCUCCUACAACCUAGUUUUGUCGUAGUCAUAUAUUCAUGAAUGUUUUAUUACUGUAUCAUCUUUGUUAUACAGCUUAAGGAGAUCCUACAUCAUAUCCAUUAUGCUUGCUAGUUAUUUUGCACUAAGAUACAGAAUGUUCAUUUGCCUCAUCAGUGGCUUGAUUUCAAGAAGUAAUCCCAGUCUUUAGAGCACUGGCCAAGGAGAAAAUGGAUCAAGUGUCUGAGACCACUUUCCAUGGGUAAUGGGAAUGCGUCAGCAACUAACUAGUCUCUAGGAAGAGAUCAGAGAGAAGAUGCUGCACCUGUCUAAGAGGAGAUUGGAUGGAGCGUAACAAGAGAUAGAGUCCUGCCAUGCUGCUCGUGCCUUAGUUCCGCAAAGCCUUGCUAUUGCUGUGCCUGGCCCAAACCCACCCAUAAGUGGGACUGUACUUGAGUAGCUAAAUGCGUGAGUAUGACAGGCUUAGGCUGGGUACUCUGGUGGUGGCCAAGUAGCCCGAGGGAGCAGAAACAGAAGAUAUAACUUCCCUCUAAGGUUCAUGACUUCUGAUAUGUUUUCUCUGAAAUAAUGAGUGAGUUAAUAAAUCCUCCUUUCUGAGUAUAAUAUAGUAACUGAAAUAUAGUGGUUGAUGUACUGAAAUGUUGAGACGUAAUUGUUUUGUGACUAUUUCCAUUUGUUUUGCUCUUGCUAAACAUUAGUAUUGCUGCUCAUUGAUUUGUGUCUCUAGUUUACAUUCUCUACUCAUAACAAUUGGAUACUGUACCCAUACCACUGCAUUGCCUGUAUUUCCCUUAUUAGCACCAACUGGUUUGUUACGCAUAGCCUUCCAUGCAGUCCAUCUCUGUUUCCUGCACCUGAUGCUUUUCUUCCCACAUGUUUUUCCUGUAGUCUGAACGUUUCUGUUAGUAAUAUUUCAGGUAGCGAACAGAUAGACACCAUUCAGUCAACUAGGAGGAUCUUUUCAUUGUAGGACAUACAUGGGCAAUGAUGCUGCUCAAUUAAGUACUCAUUCACAUGGCAUCCAUUUCUCUCCUUCCCUGUUUUAAAUGAAACUGCAGCCCCAUAACAUAGCAUAGACCUGUAUACAUUUUUUGUCAGUAUAUAUACCAGUGUUCUUUCUUGUAUAUAUUUAUGUUUGCCUUGUCAUGUAUGUGUAAUGGAUGCUUGAUAACACCAGCCAGUUUGCCUUUGUCUUUAAUGUUCCUUUCCCUUUUCAUUAGCAAAAUUGUGCAUGCAUAAAAUAUCUGGUCUCAGUGGCUAUCACAGCAGUUGCCUGGCAAACACACUUUUUACCGUAACAUAAUGAUUUCCAUGUAAGAGUAUACAGAAGCUAGAACCAGUUUAUGUGAAGUAAAUUGCACUUGCAUGAGGCUGUUCUACACUGUGUUUAUAAAAGACUUUCAUUCAGCAAGUGUUUGCAGAGAUGGAAGCAAAAUAAAAACGUGUGUGUGAGAUGGUAAUGUAGAGCAGUUUCUAUUACUUGCUAAGUUUCAGCACGUAUGGUUUAAAAAAAAGAAAAAAUCAUACUGUUGUCUCCAGAUUAUUAUGUUAUUUAUAUAUUUAGUAUUUUCCUCUAUACUUAAUACUACUUGUUAAAAUAAAUUUUUUAGG